AUGGCCGGAGUCCGGGGCGGCGGCCUCGACGACGAGACGCUGCAGCAGCUGCGGAGCCGCGCGACGCAGCUGCUGCUCAAGGAGGACUGGAGGGAGUACAUCGCGGUCUGCUCCCGGAUCGUCGACGGCGCCUCCGGCGACCGCCGCGUGCUCUGCUCCGCGCUCGCGCACCGCGCCGACGCCCGCGCCCGCCUCGGGGACGCCGCCGCCGCGCUCGCCGACUGCGACGCCGCGCUGGCGGCGGACCCGGUCCACCCGGGCGCGCUGCUCUCCAAGGGCACGAUCCUCCUCGGGCUCGGACGGUACGCGCUCGCGGCCGACUGCUUCCGCGCGGCCGCGCUCGCCGCGGGCAGCGGCGUCGGCGGCGCGGACGAGGCGCGGGAGCUCAUCGAGCAGUGCAGGCGGCUGAAGGCGCAGGCUAGGAGCGGGGCGGUGGACCUGUCGGAGUGGGUGCUCGCGGGGUUCGCCGGGAAGUACCCGGAUCUCGCAGAGUACGUGGGGCCGGUGGAGGUGCGCCGGUCUGCGCGCGGGGGACGAGGGGUUUUCGCGGUCAAGAACGUCGAGGCGGGGGCUACUCUGAUGAUGGCCAAGGCGGUGGCUAUCGGGAGAGGGGUGCUUCAGGACACCACGGACGGCGGUGAGAAGAUGGUGGUGUGGAAGGACUUCGUUGGCAAGGUGCUCGACGCCGCCGAGAAGUGUCCGAGGACGGCGGCUCUGAUUCAUACUCUGUCCACCGGAGAGGAGCAGCAGGACGAUCUUGUCGUUCCGGAGAUGGCAUUGUUUAGGCAAGAACCCGAGGAUCUCAAUCUCACUGACGGCACCAACAUGGUGAGGGAGGGGACACAGGAGGUUCUUGAUGUAGACAGGAUAUUGAAGGUGCUCGAUGUGAACUGCUUGACCGAGGACGCGCCAGCCGCCGAUGUGCUCGGGAACAAUGGUAUCGUCAACUGCGGCGUGGGGCUCUGGAUCUUGCCGUCGUUCAUCAACCAUUCUUGCCACCCCAAUGCCCGGCGCACUCACGUCGGAGACCAUGCCAUUGUCCACGCGUCCAGGGACAUCAAAGCCGGGGAGGAGAUCACGUUUCCCUAUUUCGAUGUGCUUGUGCCGGUGAGCAAGCGCAGGGAGGCAUCCAGAGCUUGGGGAUUCGAAUGCAAGUGUGAUCGGUGCAGGUUUGAGUCCGAGGAUUGCACUCUUAAGCAGGAAAUACUGAAAUCAGAGAACGAUUUGGUCAACGGAGGAGACAUGGGAGCACUGGUGGUGCGGCUGGAGGAAAAGAUGAGGAAGUCCAUGGCGAAGGAGAGGCGAAAGGCGUUCUUGCGCGCAUCGUUCUGGAGCGCAUACUCCGCCGUGUAUGAUUCUGAUAAGCUGGUGAGAAAAUGGGGGAGGCGAGUUCCGAGCGAGGCCCUUGUAGCAGAGAGCAUUGCUGAUGCGGUCGGUGGGAAUGAGAACGUGCUGAGAGCAAUGCUUAGGGGUUCCAAGGAUGCCAAUGGCUGCGGCAACUGGCUAGAGGUGGAGGACAAGGUGGUGAGGAUUGGGAGGGCAACCUAUGGCAAGGUGGUCAAGAGGCACGCAAUGAGAGCUCUCUUCAGACUUACACUGGAUGCCAAUAACAACAUUAACCUUUAGAUUUUGAUCCUGUUACUAUUAAUUUGUUCUCUAGUUGAGCAGCUUCCGAUAGGUUUAUUUUGCCAAUUGUUAGGAAUUUAUGCAGCAAAUAUUUAGGUUUGCACAACAUUUAUAAUAAGAGGGUGAGCGAGAAUCAAAUAUCAUCCAACAUAACAUCCAUGAGAGCUCUAUUUUCAUGCUCUCUUGACCUUGGUUUCAUAUUGUUCUCUCAGUGUUCGCAUGAA